CUUGGAUUUGCUUUUGGUGGCUUCCGCUGAUCUCAAUGCUGCCGCCCUCAUGUCAGACACGGACAGCGAUGAGGUUUCUGCGGGAAGCGGCCCAUUUUCUUUAAUCGUUUUCCUCUUUGGCAACAUCAGUGGAGCCGGGCAGCUGGAGGGGGAAAGCAUCUUGGAUGAUGAGUGUAAGAAGCACCUGGCAGGCUUGGGGACCUUGAGUCUGGGCAGCCUGAUCACUGAACUCACUGCAAAUGAAGAACUGACUGGGACUGACGGUGCCCUGGUACAUGAUGAAGGCUGGAUCAGGAGUACAGAAGAUGCUGUGGACUAUUCAGACAUCACUGAGGUGGCGGAAGACGAAAGCCAAAGGUGUCAGCAGAAAAUGGGGAGCUUGCAGCCCCUUUGCAACUCAGAUUAUGUUGAAGAUGACUUUGAUGCUGGUUGUGAAGACAUAGAUUGCAAGUUGAUACCUCCUCCACCUGCACCCUCAGGACCUAUGAAGAAGGAUAAAGACCAAGAUGCUAUUACCUGUGUGUCUGAGGAUGGAGAAGGCAUCAUCUUGCCCUUCAUCAUUGCCCCUUCCUCUUUGGCCUCAGAGAAAGUGGACUUCAGUAGUUCCUCUGACUCAGAAAUUGAGAUGGGACCUCAGGAAGUAACACAGGCAGCAUCUGAGAACAGAAAACUGACCCUACCGUUGGCUGGGAUUAUGCAGUAUGAUGCCACCAAGCUGUUGCCAAGUGUCACAGAACUUUUCCCAGAAUUUUGACCUGGAAAGGUGUUACGCUUCCUACGUAUUUUUAGGCCAGGGAAGAAUGUCCCAUCUGUUUGGCAGAGUGCUUGGAGAAAGAGGAAAAAGAAGCACCGUGAUCUGAUACAAGAAGAGCAGAUCCAGGAGGUGGAGUGCUCAGUAGAAUCAGAAACCAACCAGAAGUCUUUGUGGAACUAUGACUAUGCUCCACCACCACCUACAAAGCAGUGUCUCUCUGGUGAUGAAAUCACGAUGAUGGCUCCUGUGGAGUCUAAAUUUUCCCAGUCAACUGGAGAUAUAGAUAAAGUGACAGAUAUCAAACCAAAAGUGGCUGAGUGGCGUUACGGGCCUGCCCGACUGUGGUAUGAUAUGCUGGGUGUCCCUGAAGACGGCAGUGGGUUUGACUAUGGCAUGAAACUGAGAAAGAUGGAACAUGAACCUGUGAUAAAAAAUAGAAUGAUGGAGGACUUUAGGAAGCUUGAGGAAAGCGAUGGCACUGAUCUUCUGGCUGAUGAAAACUUCCUGAUGGUGACACAGCUGCAUUGGGAGGAUGAUAUCAUCUGGGAUGGAGAGGAUGUCAAACCCAAAGGGACAAAACCUCAGCGUGCAAGCCUGGCAGGCUGGCUUCCAUCCAGCAUGACGCCGAAUGCCAUUGCUUACAACGUUCAGCAAGGUUUUGCAGCCGCCCUGGAUGAUGACAAGCCUUGGUAUUCCAUUUUCCCCAUUGACAAUGAGGAGCUGGUAUAUGGACGCUGGGAGGACGAUAUCAUUUGGGAUGCCCAGGCCAUGCCCCGACUGUUGGAGCCUCCUGUUUUGACACUUGAUCCCAAUGAUGAGAAUCUCAUUUUGGAAAUUCCUGAUGAGAAUGAAGAAGCCACCUCUAACCCCUCCUGUAAGGAGAAUAAGAAGGAAUCAUCUCUGAAGAAGAGUCGAAUUCUCUUAGGGAAAACAGGUGUCAUCAAGGAGGAACCACAGCAGAACAUGUGUCAGCCAGAAGUGAAAGAUCCAUGAAAUCUCUCCAGUGAUGAAUAUUACUACCCCAAGCAACAGGGUCUAAGAGGCACUUUUGGAGGAAAUAUUAUCCAACACUCAAUUCCUGCUGUGGAGUUACAGCAGCCCUUCUUUCCCACCCACAUGGGGCCCUUCAAACUCCGGCAGUUCCAUUGCCCACCUCUAAAGAAGUAUUCCUUCGGGGCACUAUCUGAGCCAGCUCCUCAUUCAGUCCAGCCCUUGCUAAAGCACAUCAAAAAGAAGGCUAAGAUGAGAGAACAGGAGGGGCAAGCUUCAGGUGGUGGAGAGAUGUUUUUUAUGCGCACACCUCAGGACCUCACAGGCAAAGAUGGAGAUCUUAUUCUUACAGAAUACAGUGAGGAAAAUGGACCAUUAAUGAUGCAGGUUGGGAUGGCAACCAAUAUAAAAAAUUGCUAUAAGCAGAAACCUGAAAAAGACCCUGGAGCCCCUGAUUGUAAAUAUGGAGAAACUGUUUACUGCCAUUCAUCUCCUUUUCUGGGAUCUCUCCAUCCUGGCCAAUUACUGCAGGCACUUGAGAACAACCUUUUUCGUGCCCCUAUUUACCUUCAUAAGAUGCCAGAAACUGACUUUCUUAUCAUUCGGACAAGGCAAGGUUACUAUAUUCGGGAAUUAGUGGAUAUUUUUGUGGUUGGCCAGCAGUGCCCCUUGUUUGAAGUUCCUGGGCCUAACUCCAAAAGGGCGAAUACACACAUUCGAGACUUUCUGCAGGUUUUUAUUUACCGCCUCUUCUGGAAGAGUAAAGAUCGGCCACGGCGGAUCUGAAUGGAAGAUAUGAAAAAAGCCUUUCCUUCCCAUUCAGAAAGCAGCGUCCGGAAGAGGCUAAAGCUUUGCGUUGACUUCAAACGCACAGGGAUGGACUCAAACUGGUGGGUGCUGAAAUCUGAUUUUCAUUUACCAACUGAAGAGGAGAUCAGAGUUAUGGUAUCUCCAGAGCAGUUCUGUGCUUAUUAUAGCAUGAUAGCUGCUGAGCAGCGACUAAAGGAUGCUGGCUAUGGUGAGAAGUCCUUUAUUGCUCCAGAAGAAGAAAAUGAGGAAGAUUUUCAGAUGAAGAUUGAUGAUGAGGUUCACACAGCUCCUUGGAACACCACAAGGGCCUUCAUUGAUGCCAUGAAGGGCAAGUGUCUCCUGGAGGUGACUGGGAUGGCAGAUCCCACAGGGUGUGGUGAAGGGUUCUCGUAUGUGAAGAUUCCAAAGAAACCAACACAGCAGAAGGUUGAUAAGGAGCCUCAGCCAGUGAAGAAAACAGUGACAGGAACAGAUGCAGAUCUCCGUCACCUCUCUCUGAAAAAUGCCAAGCAACUUCUUCGUAAAUUCGGUGUGCUUAAGGAAAAGAUUAAAAAGUUUUCCUGCUGGGAAGUGAUUGAUGCUGUACGCACAAUGUUAACAGAACAGGCCCACUCUGGAGAGGGACCCAUGAGUAAAUUUGCUCAUCGAUCAAGGUUUUCUGUGGCUGAGAAUCAAGAGCAUUACAAAGAGGAAUGUCAGCGCAUCUUUGACCUGCAGAACAAAAAAAAAACAUCAACUGAAGUCUUAUCAACUGACACAGAUAGCAGCUCAGCUGAAGACAGUGACUUUGAAGAAAUGGGAAAGAACAUCAAGAACAUGUUGCAGAAUAAGAAAACCAGUUCUCAGCUACUACGUGAACAGGAGGAGCAGGAGCGGAAGGAACUACAGAGGAUGUUAUUGGGUGAGGGUAGUGCAGCAGCAGGAAACAAUCACAGAGACAAUGACACAGCUUCUGUGACUAGCCUGAACUCUUCUGCCACUGGCCGUUGUCUUAAGAUUUAUCGCACAUUUCAAGAUGAAGAAGGGAAAGAGUGUGUUCGCUGUGAGAUAGUUAGAAAGACAGCUGUCAUCGAUGCCUAUGUGCGUAUACAGAACACAAAAGAUGAGGAAUUCAUUCAGAAAUUUACCCUUUUUGAUGAGCAGCAUAGAGAAGAGAUGAGAAAAGAACGGUGCAGGAUUCAAGAUCAGCUGAGGCGGUUUAAGAGGAACCAGGAAAACGAGAAGCUGAAGGGCCCUCCUGAGAAGCCCCCAAAAAUGAAGGAGCAUCCUGGCCUAAAACAGAAAUGUGGGGCUUGUGGUGCCAUUGGGCACAGGAGAACAAACAAAUUCUGCCCCCCCUAUUAUCAAACAAAUGCCCCACCUUCCAACCCUGUUGCCAUGACUGAGGAGCAGGAGAAGGAGUUGGAAAAGACAGUCAUUCAUAGUGAUAAUGAAGAACUUAUUAAGGUUGAAGGGACCAAGAUUGUUUUGGGGAAACAGCUAAUUGAGAGUGCACAUGAAGUUCGCAGAAAAUCUCUGGUUCUCAAGUUCCCUAAACAGCAAUUUCCUCCAAAGAAGAAACAGCGAAUUGGAACCACUGUUCACUGUGACUAUUUGAAUAGACCUCCUAAGUCCAUUCACCAGCGCCAGACAGACCCCAUGGUGACAUUGUCCUCCAUCUUGGAGUGUAUCAUCAGUGAUAUGAGAGAGUUUCCAAAUACAUACCCUUUCCACACUCCAGUCAAUGGAAAGAUUGUCAAGGACUACUACAAAAUUAUCACUCGACCAAUGGACUUACAAACACUCCGUGAAAAUGUGCGUAAACACCUCUACCCAUCUCGGAAAGAGUUCAGAGACCAUUUGGAACUAAUUGUAAAAAACAGUGCAACCUACAAUGGUCCGAAGCACUCACUGACCCAGAUCUCUCAAUCCAUGCUGGAUCUCUGUGAUGAAAAAUUCAAAGAGAAAGAAGACAAAUUGGCUCAUUUAGAGAAAGCUAUCAACCCCUUGCUGGAUCAUGAUGACCAAAUGGCAUUUUCUUUCAUUCUAGACAACAUAGUCACCCAGAAAAUGAUGGCAGUUGCAGAUUCUUGGCCAUUUCAUCACCCAGUUAAUAAGUUCAUUCCAGAUUAUUACAAAGUGAUUGUGAGUCCAGUGGAUUUAGAGACUAUACGUAAGAAUAUCUCCAAGCACAAGUAUCAGGGUCGGGACAGCUUUCUGGAUGAUGUCAACCUUAUUCUGGCCAACAGUGUUAAGUACAAUGGGCCUGAGAGUCAGUACACUAAGACUGCUCAGGAGAUUGUGAACAUCUGUUACCAGACAUUGACUGAGUAUGAUGAGCAUUUGACUCAACUUGAGAAGUAUAUUUGUACAGCUAAAGAAGCAGCUUUGGAGGAAGCAGAUUUAGAAAGCUUGGACCCCAUGACUCCAGGCCCUUACACAUCCCAGCCUCCUGAUUUGUAUGAUAACAGCACAUCCCUCAGUAUGUCUCGAGAUGCCUCUGUAUUUCAAGAUGAGAGCAAUAUAUCUGUCCUGGAUAUUCCUACUGCCACGCCAGAAAAGCAGGUAACAGAGAUGCACCAGGGCCGAGGUAGUCUGUGUGAGGAAGUCUCUGAUGUGGAUAUUGAAGGGUAUGAGGAGGAGGAGGAGUAUGGAAAACCUAAGACUCCAGCGCCAGAAAGUGAAGAUGCAGAUGGUGAUCUUGCAGAUGAAGAGGAAGGAGCUGUGCAACAACCUGAAGCUAGUGUCCUGUAUGAGGAUUUGCUUAUGUCUGAAGGAGAAGACGAUGAGGAAGAUGCUGGGAGUGAAGAAGAAGGACGUAAUCCUUUCUCUGCUAUCCAGCUGAGUGAAAGUGGAAGUGACUCCGAUGUGGGAUCUGGUGGGAUAAGACCCAAACAGCCCUGCAUGCUUCAAGAGAACACAAGCAUGGGCCUGGAAAAUGAAGAAAGCAUGAUGUCCUAUGAGGGAGAUGGUGGGGAGGCUUCUCCUGGUCUGGAGGAUAGCAGCAUCAGUUAUGGGAGCUAUGAGGAGCCUGAUCCCAAGUCGAACACCCAAGACACAAGCUUCAGCAGCAUCGUUGGGUAUGAGGUAUCAGAGGAAGAAGAUGAGGAGGAAGAGCAGCGCUCUGGGCCGAGCAUACUAAGCCAGGUUCAACUGUCAGAGGACGAGGAGGACAGUGAGGAUUUCCACUCCAUUGCUGAGGACAGUGACUUGGACUCUGAUGAAUGAGGCUUCCUUUGGGCCUCCUUGGUCAGCCUUCCCUGUUCUCCAGCCUAGGUGGUUCACCUUUCCCCAAUUUAUUUAUAUACGUACAGUGUCUGAUCCUGAAAUCAUCAGUUUAACUAACACCUUAGCCUUUUAAGAGUAGUAAGUAAAUGAUAAUAGAUCACCUCUCCUUAUCUUCCUGGGGAAACAUCACCACACUUCGAUUUAAAUGCAACCCCCUUCCCCUACUACUAACAAAAAGAGAGCAAUCUCCUCCAUCUCUAGAGCCAACUUUAAUUCCGUUUAAUUGCUCUUGGUAUCAUUUUUCCCUGGGGAGGGAGGGAAAUUAUGAAAGGACUAAUAACUUUAUGUCCUCUUGAUGUAUUAGACAUUUUUCAAGAAUGGUAUCAUCUCAAUUUUCUAAUUUGUAGGCUGGAACAGGUGACAGCCCCCUUGCUGGGACAGAGAAUUGGAUUCUGGUGGACUCUGUAUCACAGUAAAAACAUAUCUGUUGGACAAACUGCCUGUUGCUUUAUUUGAUUAUGUACUGCCUUGUUCCUAAGUGGAUUUGAGGCUCAAAUGACCAUAAAUCUUUGCAACAGCUUAUGUGUCAGAAAUAAAAAGUUGCCAUGUAAGUGUGUUCUGCCCCCCUACCCCCAGGGGAUAAAGUAGGAAAAUGAUAAGUUCCUUAGGGCAAAGAUUGUCUUCUAUUUCUUCUCAUACUUAGGAUAUCAUUCUGUGCAUAGUAGGUACUCAGUAAAUGUUCCUAGAGACAUAAAGCCCUCAACAGAUUUGUCACAGAGCAUCUGCUCCAGAAUAAGCACUCUACCAGGUCCUUGGGAUACAAAGGUAAAUAUAACACAUUUCUUUUACCCAAAGAGCUCACCAUGAAGUUGGGGGAAGGGGAGUGGGAUUUAAAAUGUGUUGAUAAAUUAUUACAAUAAUGUGAUAUGAGUUAAGAAGCUAGAUACAAAGGGUAGGCAAAAAUAGAGGAGUGAACAUGUUUGAAAAAGUCGGGGAAGUCUUCCUGGAGGUAAUUUAUUAAUUUUUAUUAAUUUAUUUUUUAUUUAGGUAUCAUUAAUCUACAAUUA